CCGCCAUAUUAUCAUCCCUCGAAAUGGCACCUGUCACUGUCAAUUACCAUGACCUCCAGCUUCCUGCCUAUAUCAUGGGCGCGGUGGUAGCAGGCGGAGGCAUCAUGGGAUACGCUAAGUCGGGAUCUGUUCCUUCCAUCGUGGCUGGUUGCACUGUUGGACUCCUAUAUGCUCUGGGCGGUUACCGUAUCCAGAACGAAGAAUCUUAUGGAGUUGAGCUUGCCUUGCUCGCGUCAGCCGUUCUUGGAGGCUCGGCUUUCCCUAGAGCUCUCCGCUUGAGGAAGCCUGUUCCCAUUCUUCUCAGCGUCAUUUCGGCAUUCGGUCUCUUUACCUUUGGCACUGCUCUUCGAAGAUAAGUUUAAGUGACGCAGGGAGAUAUGACAUCUGGAUGAGGUCGAGACAUGGAUAGCAUCACACCUGUGACUAGUAGGGAUGAAUAAUAUAGUUGUCAGC